AGGGCGCCCUUCGUCCCCUUCACAUCCUGCUUCUGCUGGAGGCGCGCUCCCGUCACGCACGCACUUACGCUGCUGAGAGCGCGCUCCCGUGUGCGUGCGCGCCUCCCACGGAAGAGAGGAUCACCCGGCGUGGCGGCGAUCCACGAACGAUGCGCUGCUGCUGUCUCCGGUUGCCGCGGUGAGCCUCCGUGUCUCCACCGAGAACCACCGGACAUCACCGCAGGUCUUUGCCGGGUCACGAUGGCCAAAAGCGGGACGUUGGUGGUGCUGUGCGCGCUCCUGGGCUGCGUGGAAGUCCGGGAUCAGGACCCACGCAGGAUGACACCCCCGCCGGCUGCCUUGGACUUCGGCUACGUGCCCGCGGGCGUCUACGAGACGGUGGCCCACUACGAACCAGGACCCAUCGGGAUCCUCUUCCACCUGGUGCACACCUGGCUGUGCCUGGUGCAGCCCAACCACUUCCCGCCAGAUCUCCUGGUCAGACUGGCAAAGGACAAGUUUGGAGCCGUUCAGACUGAAUACCAGAAGCCAGAGAACAUAGUGCUGCGCCUCCAGGCUGUCUACUACGAGAUGGGCUUCCUGGUGUGCGCAGCAGUGGGCGUGCUCUUCACCCUUCUGGUGCCCCUGGUGGGCAUCUUCUUCUGCAUGUGCCGCUGCUGCGACAACUGUGGUGGUGAGAUGCAUCAGCGGCAGAGGAAGAACGCCGACUGCCGGCGUGGUCUGCUGGGAACUUUACUCUUCUCCACCUCGCUGCUCAUCACGAUUGGCGUGUUGUGCGCGUACGCCGCCAACCAGAACCUGAGCACUCAAGUCAAGAACAUCCGCCGCCUGGUCAACAGCAACAUGAGGGACCUGCACACCUUCGCCAACGACACGCCCACGCAAAUCGACUACCUGUCCUCCCAGUACGCCACCGCCAAGAACCAAGUCCUCUACGACUUGGACAACAUAGGUCCGCUGCUGGGUGGAAGGAUACACCAUCAGUUAGAUAAGGAGGUGCGACCCGCCUUGGACGCCGCGCUGAAGAUGACAGGAGUGAAAAUCGACAGAGCCAUUAAAGCCAUGCGAGAGACCAAGGAGGCCCUGGACAACGUCAGCGUGUCCCUGCAUGUUCUCCAAGAAGGUGCAGCACACCUCCACGUCCACCUGGGUUUAGUUCGGGACAACAUCAACAACACCCUGAACGACCCCGGGUGUCAUGACGAGGAGUCGGACGCCACCUCCGCCCAGCUGUGUCGCAACAUCCGCCUGUCGCUGGCACAGCUGCACAUCAGUGCCAACUUCACACGGCUUCCCAACGUGAACUCUCAGCUGGAGAAGAUGAGCGAUGUGUUGAAGACCGACCUCAGCGCCAUCGUGCACAAGGGCUACGCCUCCUUGAACGACACUCCUUAUAUGGUCAUGGUGCAGACCAGAGGUGUUGUGGACAAGGUGCAGAGUCUGCUGGACGACAUCGGCAGCAACAUCAGCAGCUUUGCCAAAGUCUUCCCGGUGCAGAAGUCGCUCGCCAACUUCACCAUCUUCAUCAACCACGCCCACGCCAAGAUCGAGGACCACUACCCCGACAUCGACCAGAUGGACUUCUACAGGUGGACGUGCUGCGUGGCCAUGUGCUGCAUGGUGGUCUUGGUGCUGGCCUUCAACUAUCUGGGCCUGCUGUGCGGCACGCUGGGCUACGACAAGCACGCCUCGCCCACCACGCGGGGAUGCAUCUCCAACACGGGAGGAACCAUGCUGAUGGCGGGCGUGGGCUUCAGCGUCAUCUUCUCCUGGGUGCUGAUGGGCCUGCUGACCACCAUCUUCCUGCUUGGAGGGAACAUGGAGAAGCUCAUCUGUGAGCCCUUUCACACCCGGGAACUCUUCAAGGUGGUGGACUCACCGUACUUGGUGAGCUCCGAGUGGAAGAACUUCAUCCCAGGCUACAUGUACAACGACUCUGAGCUGGAGCUGAGUGCAGAGAGCUUGUACAGCACCUGCAAGGAAAACAAAGGCAUCUACUCAGCCAUGCGUCUGGACAAGAUCUUCAACGUCUCUUCUUUCCUGAAUGCCACAGUGUUCACAAAGGAGGUGGUGGCUCACCUGAGCAAGGUCAACAUCGACCUGAGAGGAAUCACCUUGUUGGAAGCAGAAGGCAAGCAGAACCUUCUGGAAUUCUCGGAGGCGGGACUUUCGGAGACGAACUACGCCGACUACCUGGAGGAGGUCAACAAAGGCGUGACAGCGGAGGACCUGCUGCUGUUUGCCAAAGAGCUGGAAGCCCAGACGGAACUGAUGCCUAGGGGCCGUCUGCAAAGUGCUCUGAAGGGUCACGUGGGCACAGUGAGACAGAUCCACAACCAGCAUGUGGUGCCCUUGCAGCAGGCCAUGAAAUAUGUUAGAGCGAGGAGCGCGCUGAACCAGAGCAUGAGGUUCCUGGAGAGGACGGCCUCCGACCUGCCGAACAAAGUGUUAGGUGUGCUCGAUGCCGUCGACGCAGCGCAGUAUCUCAUCUCCCACAAUGCAACACACCUAAUUAACCGGGAAACGGCAAAAUACACGGCGGCCAUUGUGGGCUACUUCCAUCAGUACAUCGAGUGGGUCAAGACGUCUCUGGCCAUGGAGGUGGCGCCCUGCAAGCCCUUCAGCAACAUUCUGGACACCAUGGAGAUCAUCACCUGCAGCUUCCUGGUAGACUCCAUGAACGUGUUCUGGAUGGGUCUGGGCUGCAGCACCCUCCUCUUCAUCCCCAGCAUCAUCCUGGCCGUCAAGCUGGCCAAGUUCUACCGCAGGAUGGACACGGAGGACGUUUACGACGAUAUGGAAAGUGGUAAUAAUGGUUAUCAUAGCGAGCCCUCACACGCCGUCCUUAACCCUCCCAUGACCAGCAUCCCCACCUAUGACACCAUCAACAGGUUCCCAAGGGCCUCGGCUCCCCCAAGACACAUCGACUGGUGACUUUCUUGUGUCCUGGCAGUGGCCAUGACAUCUGGAGAUGAAGAGAAGUACUCCCUGGAUUCUUCCUUCAUGGAACUUUGAACCUGAGUGAACUAAACAUCGGGAUUUUUCUGUCAUGAAGAACAAUUCUGGGAAUUUUUUUUAAUUUUAAAUCUUCAUCCUUACUCGGCCAAGAAGUUUCCGCAGGGCAUGACCUUGUUCUCCAUCUGGACCAGGCUGGUUCCGGAUGGUUCCGUUCCCUCAACUCUGUUUACAUGGGUCUCACCUGGACUUGACGCUAUUUCACGCCAACCGUGAUGCUAAGUAGUGGCAGGAAGGUAACAACACACGCUAAAAGGUUAGCUUGGUUAUUUGUUACAUUCGGGGAAACAACCUUUACGGGGGAAAAAAAAGUGGACUGUAUCUAGCGUGACUUUCAAUGUUUACAAUAUUUUUAAUACUAGGUUGCUAAUGUCGUUGCAUAAAGACUGGUUGCCUUUCAUUUUGGCAUUUACUGCUUUUUAAAAGAACCCUACGCUCUUUCAAACUAUCUUGUUGUUAGCUUAGCCCUUUUUGAAAAUUUUGCAGCAACUCGAGCAACAAAAUACUUUCAACUUCACUCCGUUCACAGGCGGCCUACGUCCGAUGUUUUUUGUGCGCUAAACAGAGGUCGCAUUUUUAUCUGGAUCAUGUUCAAAAUUAGUGCGUUUCUAACACAUCAUAUUAGUGUUAGUCUCAACACAGGCCAAAAAUGAUGUUUUUUACUUUAUUUUUGACAUAGUUAUGACAUUUUUCCUCAGUCAUUCAAAAUACAAGAUAGAAACGCGUUUGACCAAAGACGGACUUCACUGCCUGCAAAUGAAAGGUAAGUACCGUAUUUUUCGGACUACAAGGCGCACUCAAAAUCCUUUCAUUUUUCUUAAAAAUCGACGGUGCACCUUACAACACACAAGAGAUACGUGUAGACUGCAAUAGGAUGGCAGUCACACAUAAGAGAUACAUGUAGAAUGCAAUAUAAUGUAGUCACACAUAAGAGAUACGUAGACUGUAAUAUGAUGGCAGUCACACAUCAGAGAUACGUGUAGACUGCAAUAUGAUGGCAGUUACACAUAAGAGAUACAUGUAGACUGCAAUAUGAUGGCAGUCACACACAAGAGAUACGUGUAGAUUGCAAUAUGAUGGCAGUCACACAUAAGAGAUAGGUGUAGACUGCAAUAUGAUGGCAGUCCCACACAAGAGAUAUGUGUACUCUGCAAUAUGAUUGCAGUCACACAUAAGAGAUAGGUGUAGACUGCAAUAUGAUGGCAGUCACACACAAGAGAUACGUGUACUCUGCAAUAUGAUGGCAGUCACACAUAAGAGAUACGUGUAGACUGCAAGAUUAAAGUGACUUGAAGAUGAUGUGUAAAACAUCAUCUAUGCAACAUUUUGAGCAAAGAACCACCAUUACCACAAGGAAGUAUUUUACAUUUAGAAAAUAAUCAUAAUAAUAUGACCCCUUUAAUGCGCCUUAUUUUUGAAAAAUAGACCAUUCAUCGGCAGUGCGCCCUAUGGUCCGGAAAAUACGGUAAGUAAAACUAAAAAGUGGGUAUUUAAAGAAAACCUUUCUAAUGUUAAUAAUCAACACUCAAGAGUUCCCAGAAUCCUUCAUGAUUUCGUGUUCGGAGAACAAUCACAGAAAAACAAUCACAGGAAAACAAUCACAAGUCAAUCAAAAGUAUGUUUCUUCAAAGAAAAAAAGUGUCUGUGAUUUAAUAAUUAAAUGUAACUUACAAAUACGACCAGACGUACAAAGUGGACAAUUAAUGUUCUCCAGCCAAGUUCUAUUUUUUACCGUAGAUCUCAGGUGGUUUUUAGCGCUCGGUCAAUAACUGCCUGCUUGGGAUUUUUGUAUGAAUGGGUCAUAUCAGUACAGUAUGGAUACAGUUAGGUACUGGAACAAGCGAAUGUAUUGGAUUUAGCUUUUCCCUUACAUUGUCAUAUCGCGUAUGCUGGAAGGGAGUGCUAACACGUCUUUGCUAACAAUAGUUCCUGCUGUUAGGGUUAUGGUUAGGGUUAAGGUAGGGUUAGGCUAACCCUAACCCUAACCCUGCAUCGUCAUAUCCACACAGCCAUGUUUUGUUGUGGGUUAGCCUAACCCUAGUUCAACCCUAACUCUAACCAACGACAAUCAAUCCCUGGUACAACAAAACAUGGCUGUGUGGUUAUGACGAUGCAUACCGUGACAAAAAGAACAUUUGAAAAAGUAAAAGGACCGCUUCUGGUUAACACACCUUGCUAUUUUCAUUUUUCAUGUUUUACUUAUCUCCUUCAUUGAUGUAAUAGACAAUUAAACUUUAGCAACUAAACACAUAUUUACUCACCUUUGCUUGAAAAGGAACAGGAUGAAGAAAGUCUUAUAUUUCCAGCCCCAUUCAACAUAAUAAGUAGUCUUACUUCAUGGAUAGCCCAGAUUCACAAGCAUACAAACCAAACAAAUACAUCCAAAUAUCAUGAAAACUAACAAAAUACACACAAAAAAACCAACGAGCGCAAAACUUCAUGAAGUCCAAACCGAAAAAAAAAAGUAAUAUACACCUCACGGGAUGACACAAAACAAAUACAAAACCAGACAAAAAACAAGUAAAAUAAUAAAUACAAAGCAAAAUAUACAUAGGAUCUUAUUGUUCUGUCUUUAUAUUAUUUUUUUUCAAUUGGAAUAUAUUUCUACAAUCUUUUAUCUCAUUGCAAACUCAUUUAACAAGCUAAAGAGUGUCUGAAAGGAGCACAGGUUUACUUCAAAUUCUAGUUGCUUGAACAAAAAUGUUCUUAAAGGGAACCAAAUAUAUGAGUGGCAUUAUUUAAUGGAAUUUUUAUUUUUAGUUGAAGAAUGUCUUUUAAUCAGCUGAGAUGUUAGCUUUUUUUUUCUAACAAAUUUGUCAAACAAAUUCAAAUGUUACUACUGUAUGUACGUGUAUAUAU